ACCACCAAGUUUACUUUGUGCUUGAUCCAUUGCUGGUAACAACACGUCAUCUCUGAAAAUUGAAUUGUUGUCAUAAAGAAAAAAUAUGUAAGAAGAAAAGAUUUAAAGUUACUUGUAAUAGCUCCAUACGGGAUCAGGUGCAGAUACAACGUCACCACAUCGAAUGAUGAGACUGUUCUUUGGUGCAAUCUUCCAAUGAAUCAGAGGCUUAUGUUGAAGCGUGUGCUGACGCACCAAACCAUGCCACACAUCGAUAAUCUCCAACUGUCUUUUGAUUCACAAACACAUGAAGCUUUGAAAGACGAUCUUUUGUGGUCAUGUUGUAGCCAGGCU